ACCCAUCAUGCUUAUGUAAAUGUGAAUGGUGUUAAGUCACUUUCCUAUUGCAUCUUUGCAAAUCAGGGUCAAACAUGAAAAUCACAUAAGAGAGAGAGGCAAUCUCUGUGAGAUGUGGACAUGGGAGAGGUAUGAGGUUAUUUCGCAUAAAUAACAGCAUCGCCCCAAGAUCCAUCCGGCUAACACAUCACUCAUACAGCCAUCCACGAACACUCUCUCCUCUAAAUUAUCAUCAAUACGCAACAAAAGCAAACAAGAUGGGUAAAUCAGACGAUCAAGUAGUUGAAGAAUUCAACGAAUACGUCAAUAUGAGCGCAAGUGAUUUAGAAAAUUGGCUCAAAACUGAAGAAUCCGAAUCGAGCGGAUGGGGAGAUGAAGGUGGUGAAAGUGUUGGUCACGAGAGUGGACGUAAGAUCACUGAUAUUCUCAAACGUAAUCCUAAAAAAGAUCCAUCCAAAUACACCGAUGAGGAUAAAGAGCAUAUGCGUAAAGUUGCAAGUUAUUGUAAACGUCAUUUAGCACAAGAAGGUAAAUUGAAAGAUUCAAAGAGUAAAGAGGAAUUGCAACAAACCAAAGCUUAUCGUUCACUCAAGAAUUGGGGUCAUGACCUCUUGGCUUGAUCUAUGUAUCUAUUAUUUGAGUAGAAUAUUCCUAAUCGAAGUCAUUACCACGAUAG